UCCGAGAAAUUGAUUGGACAUUUCCAUGCAAAACAGGCUUCGUUUCCAGGAGCGCCUCAAAGUUUAGUGCGCUUCCCAGACCAAACCGGUUAGUCAAGAUGUCCGAGGCAUACUUGAAGGUUGGAAACUAUCGAUCCAUAUGCUUCCAUCUUUAAAGGACGGGCACGUCUUGGAAGCCGUUUGGAGAGGAAUGAUGGGUGUGGUUCAGCUGCUAAAGUCCCAGUUCGUGUGUCACCUGAUCAUCUGCUACGUCUUCUUGGCUAGCGGCCUUCUUAUCAACCUAUUACAGGUCUGCACGCUCCCGCUCUGGCCAAUCAACAAGCAGCUGGCUCGCAGGAUCAACUGCAGGCUGGGGUACUCCAUAGCUAGCCAGAUGGUGGCAGUGCUGGAGUGGUGGUCCGGGACUGAGUGUACGUUGCACACGGACCCUGAGAGCUUCCAGCUGUACGGGAAAGAGAGCGCCAUCGUUGUCCUAAACCACAACUUUGAGAUCGACUUCCUGUGUGGCUGGACCUUCUGUGAGAGGUUCGGGGUUCUCGGGAGCUCCAAGGUGUUGGCCAAGAAGGAGCUGGCAUACGUGCCUCUGAUUGGCUGGAUGUGGUACUUCCAGGAGAUUGUGUUCUGUAAGAGGAAGUGGGAGGAGGAUCGCAGAACUGUGGCCCAGAGUCUGCAGAACCUCAGGGACUACCCAGAGAAGUUCUGGUUCCUGCUUCACUGUGAGGGGACCCGCUUCACCCCGGAGAAGCACCGUGCCAGCAUGCAGGUGGCCCAGAGCAAGGGCCUGCCCAGCCUGAAGCACCACCUCCUGCCCCGCACCCGGGGCUUCUGGGUGACCGUCCAGAACCUCCGGGGAACUGUCGCUGCAGUUUACGAUUCCACGCUGAACUUCCGGAACAACGAGAAUCCCACGUUGCUGGGACUGCUCAACGGGAAGAAGUAUCACGCAGAUUUAUAUGUAAGGAGAAUUCCUCUGGAGUUGGUCCCUGAAGAUGAGGCAGAGUGCUCUGCUUGGCUCCACAAGCUCUACCAGGAGAAAGACCAGUUCCAGGAGCUUUACGCCCAGACUGGCCGGUUCCCAGGGCCCACUUUGAGCCUCCCUCGUCGGGCCUGGUCCUUACUCAACUGGCUGGUCUGGGCGGGCCUGCUGCUCUACCCCUUGGGCCUGGUGUUGGCGCAGCUGGUCCAGUCCGGGUCCACCUGCAACAUCCUGGCCUCCCUCUGCCUGUGCUCCAUGGCUUCAGCAGGAGUGCGCUGGAUGAUCGGACAGACAGAGAUCAACAGGGGCUCCAGCUACGGGGUGAAGGAGAGAAACACCUUGAACACCUGAGAUGUUACCUGCCUUCAAACCAGACCAGCAUGCUCAGACCCGCCUUCAAACCAGACCUGCAUGCUCAGACCUGCCUUCAAACCAGAGCUGCAUGCUCAGACCUGUCUACGCCAACACAAUCCUGAGGCCAAACCUGCCUGCACACUGAAUAUGCUGAUGCCAAAGGCCCUCAUCUGCCCUGAAGCAGUCUAGUAGAACAGGACCAGCCCCACCGGACCACAGCCUUGCAGGCUGCAGAUAGACUGUAGUUCAGCUUAAUAAAAUGGUCAGGUGUGUUUGUUAUGGGUACUAGCUGUACAUUUGUUUUUGUCUGCAUGUUUGCAGAGAAAGCUUUGCUCCAUUUCUACUCAUAGUAAAAACAAAUGCAUUUCAAACCAAAGAUACUGCAUACAUGAAGCUGUACUUUCUACAUGCACUAUUUGUCUGUUGCUUUGAAAAAAAAAUAUUCGACAUGAAUAAACAUGUAAAUGUAA